UGGGCGCACGCAGCGCCGCCUGGCGGCACCACACAAAACAAAAAUAAUGUACGAAAAGCACACGCAGAAAUCUGUAACAGUGACGUCAUUGGAUACGAGUGCAUAAUAUUUUUGAUCAGUGUUAUUGGUGUUCUUUUUUCAAUUUUUUUUUUUUAUUUUUAUUUUUUUUGGUGUGGGCAUCGCAGUGCGGCAGUAAGGCGUAAGGCACCCAAUGAGGCUCUGCACCUCUGCUUCUCGACGCAGACAUUGCCUGGAGCACCCCCUGAGGGGCGCGUAUCCCAAAAAUAAUCACGAUUGAGUCCAUCAUCAGAGAUGUCCGCGGGCGGGCUGAUCGGCGCACUUGAAGACGAGUACAUAGAAGUGAUGUCGCGCCGGGGACAGAGUCGGUCGCCGUAGUUCAGCCCUGCGUUCUGUUCUGAGACGGGAGUCGGGUGGUUGCAAAUAUGAAUCUACUAAAUAUGGACGCGGAGAACCGCGUAGUACUGAACGUGGGCGGGAUCCGCCACGAGACGUACAAGGCGACCCUGAAGAAGAUCCCGGCGACGAGGCUGUCGCGGCUGACGGAGGCGCUCGCCAACUACGACCCGGUGCUGAACGAGUACUUCUUCGACCGGCACCCGGGCGUCUUCGCGCAGGUCCUCAACUACUACAGGACGGGUAAACUCCAUUACCCAACUGAUGUGUGCGGCCCGUUGUUCGAGGAGGAGCUAGAGUUCUGGGGGCUGGACGCGAACCAGGUGGAGCCGUGCUGCUGGAUGACGUAUACGCAGGUAAGACCAAAGAUCUUGGAUUUCUAG